GUUCCAGAUCAAAUUUUGCCAGCUAUGCAAACAGGUAUCCCAAAGCGAGGUGCAAGCAUUCAUUUAGCAGGUGUGAGCAGCCAGGCCAAAGUUCUACACUGGAAGAAUACGAUCUACGCCCCGAAGGACGAUGCGUUCUCCAACCAGGAUGGAAAAAUCACAGUUAGCAAAGACGGGCGGUAUUACAUUUACGCCCAAGUCACCUUCUGCAGCAAGCCAGAGCUGCACGCCCCGUUCAACGUCCGUGUCUAUCUCAACCUGCCGUCGGAGACAGAUCAACUGCUACUGAAGGGGGUGGGGACGUACAGCACUUCAGAGGACCUCUGUGGCCUGCAGUCCAUCCACGUGGGCAGGGUUGUGGAGCUCCGGUCUGGCCACACCAUCUUCGUCAACGUAACGGACCUCUCCAGGGUAGAUUACGCCCAUGGGCAUACCUACCUGGGCCUCAUUCAGCUCUCCUAGAAAAAGGUUCUGCGGCCCGCCCUGAUCCCUUCCUCUGCCCUCCAACCAUAUUUAUGAACUCUUUGGUUCCAUUUCUUUUAUAGAUAUAUUUUAUUUAAUUUAUUAAUUAAAGGAGGGGAGGGCGAAUGGUUCAAUUCCGAAGGUUAUCAAAGACAGGCGGCCCUUAAGGUGAGAGGAUAGCUGUGGUUUGCUCCAAGUUGGAAAGCUGAAGGUUGCCGCUUUCAAGACAGCAUCUCAGGUGGCUUCCAGGACUGUCGUUGGAGGAGAAAGCGGUGUGCCUCUUAAACCCAUGCGUGCUUUGCUAGUAGAACUCAAGGAUGGACAAUAUCCCGGUGGGGAAGCAUCUGCUGCUUCAUCCUGGAGGCCCACCCCAGGUCCCAGUUACCUCCAAAGAGGACUAAGAAAGACCCUUAGGAAGAACUGCUUGCUCCUCACCGU